UAUUCACUAUCAGUCUUGUAGCCAACAAUUAACACCAAUCAAUUAUCUCAAAUAAUGGGGAAUAUGUUGUUCCUUCAAAUCGGUUGCCGUCAUUGUUCAUCCUCCGUCUUUUUCUUUUCUUUUUCAAAUUAAUGACAAAAUAAGAGGCCCAACAUGUCUCAUUUCAAAUAACACCGAUAGUUAUUCAAGUACUGUAACGAAGUAUUUUACUUCGUUUCUUUUCACCACUGUUGGAGAACGGAUCCGGAUUAUGAAAGAAACAUACAGUGCAUGCAUCCCUAGCUCUCGUUCUUUUUCCUUUUUCCUUGGGUGAAUGACAACGAGGGGGGUAAAUGGAUUGAGGGGAGCCACGCAGAACACAGUUGGAUGAGGAGCAAGGGAGGAGGGGGUGCGCGCGUGUGACAGCCAUUGGACAUUUCCAUUCCCACCAGUCGGGAAGAGGAUAGAAUCUCUCCAUCUGGAUCGGCGCAGUUAAAAAUCACCAGCGGAUCGUCCCACGCACCAUGCGAGCAGGUGAGACGCGCCCCGGGCCAUGCUGAACAAGUGUCGGACCCUGCUGCUGGCGCUGACCGCGGUGGCCGGACUUGUCCAGCGAUGCCAGAGCUGGAGCGACGAGGACAUGCUGCUGCCGCCCGUCAACUCCUCCAACAGGUUCCUGGGCGACUUGGGGGUGGACGUGCGCUUGUCCAAGAGGUCCGCGGAAGGGAGCGAAGCGUCCCCGGACGCGUCGUCGUCCCUGCAGACGCCGCCGUCCCAAUGCAACGUGAGCGUCCAGAGACUGCUGCCCUCCUCGUUGGUGGCUCGCUGGGACAGCAGCUUCGGCUUCCAGUGCGACGUGCUCAUCUACACCACCAACAACCACGGACGGGCUUUUUUCUCCGCCUCGUUCAACCGGGCCAUCUCGCCCGUCAUCAUCGAGCAUCUGGGGACCACCGGGGGUCAGCAGGAGUUGAGGCUAUGCGUGGGUUGCGGGCUGUCCCGCUACAGGAGGCUCGUCCCCGGCAGGGCGAGGGGCCAGCAGAGCGGCGAUCAAGUCACCUUUUGCUGCGUGGAUUUCAGCCUCGACGAGCUGAAGGGUGACAAAAGUUGGAGGCUGAACAGAAAGCCCAUCGAGUCCACACUUGUGGCUUGUUUCAUGACUCUGGUCAUUAUUGUGUGGAGUGUUGCUGCUCUCAUAUGGCCGGUUCCUAUCAUUGCAGGCUUCCUACCUAAUGGAAUGGAGCAGAGAAGACCAAGAUGACUGAUCUGAUCUGACGAGCCCGUGCUGCCUAUACCUAAAAUUAAUUGUAGCCAUUAUACUCCUUGCCACAAUGACUGUUAAUUGAAAUGUAGGUCAUUUGGAAUUCCAACAAACCUCUUCAGAGGAACAAGGUAUGAAUGUUCUCUAUGCGUGAGUUCUAGUGGGACCAAUCUGUUUUUGUAUACUUGUAGGCCUAUAUAGCCUAAUAUGUCAGCGUAUAUUGUGCACAAUUUUAUCUCGAACCCGUCUUUGUAGUUUUCAACCUUUCUAGAAUGUUUGCCUUAUACCUCGUGUAGAACUUUUGCACUGCACAUGUACUGAAAACAUAUAAUCGUUGUAUAAAAUGUACGCCUUUUCUGACAAGGGAGUUGUUUAAGUGGUUUUCACUUUUCAGUGUUUUUAAUGAUAGAUUUAUAAUAUCAAGAUCAAUAUACAGUAUGUGUUUAUCUGUUACAAUAUAAACAAUAUAGAUUACAAUAAAAUAUUAGACAUUUUA